GUGCGGACCUGCUGCCGCUCCACACUUCCCCAUUCCCCGGCUCCGCCUCUCUUCUCUCUCUCCCCCUCCUCUCCCUCCCUUCUUGGCUUCUUGAAGAGAGAUGCAAAGAAAGGAAAGAAAAAGACAGUAGAUUAUUAGGAAGAAACGAUAACAGAGAUAUAAUAAAUAGCACAAUCAUUGCAUCAACCAUCUGGAGCUCUGUUUCUUUUCCCUCUCUCUUCUCCUUUUCCUGCUCUCUAUCUCCGGCUCUUUGUUCCUUUGAAAUAUAUAGAAGGGAAAAGGAGAGGAAGGAGGAACCAAUUCGCUGGUAUAUGGGCUCCGACAGAGUAAUGAGCGGCGGCGGCAGCAGCAGGCUGUCGGCGGUCCUGAUGGUGGCGCUGGUGGCGGCGCUAUCGUCGUUGGGGCUUCUCUCGCUGGCGGACGCCACCGUGUCCUACGACCACAAGGCUCUCAUCAUCAAUGGGCAGCGGAGGAUCCUCAUCUCCGGCUCCAUUCAUUAUCCCAGGAGCACUCCCGAGAUGUGGCCGGAUCUUAUCCAGAAGGCCAAAGAUGGAGGCUUGGAUGUCAUACAGACGUAUGUGUUCUGGAACGGCCACGAGCCGUCCCCUGGCCAGUAUUACUUUGGAGGGAGGUAUGACCUUGUUCGCUUCAUCAAACUGGUGAAGCAGGCCGGCCUCUACGUUCAUCUUCGCAUUGGCCCAUAUGUUUGUGCCGAAUGGAAUUUUGGGGGAUUUCCCAUUUGGCUCAAAUAUGUCCCUGGUAUCAGCUUCAGGACAGACAAUGGACCUUUUAAGGCGGCAAUGGAGAAAUUUACAGAGAAGAUUGUCUCCAUGAUGAAGGCCGAAGGGCUAUUUGAGUGGCAGGGUGGUCCAAUUAUCCUCUCCCAGAUUGAGAAUGAGUUUGGACCAUUGGAAUAUUAUGGUGGAGCUCCUGCAAAGUCUUAUACGAACUGGGCUGCUCAAAUGGCUGUUGGUCUCAAAACUGGUGUGCCAUGGGUCAUGUGCAAACAAGAUGAUGCCCC